AUGGAUUCUGGAGACUCCAUACUGCCAGCCGAGCACUUUCAUCAUAUUGCCGGUGUCGCAGGUGGCGGAAUCAUUGCCGCUCUACUGGGAAUAUUCAGUCACUCGGCUGAAGUCGCAGCGCAAAAGUAUAUUGACAUAUGUCAAGCUACCUUUCCUCUCAGCGACGUGAACAAGAUGGAGAGACAAAAGAUGAUUAGAGAGGCACUAAUGUCUCUGAUAAUAGAAGGCGGAUUCGAUGAGGAUACGAAGGUGGGAGAGGCAAAGAGUCGCUGCAGGGUAUCCCUUGGAUAUCUCAAGGCCAUCAAUCUCAGUACCUGGAAUGCAUUUCGCAAUUUUCCUUCAUCACUGGGUGGCAACGACGACAGGCUCAUUGACGCUUUGUGUGCUUGUUGGGCAUCUCCGCCUUCUGGAGAGAUGACGAUCAAAACUCCCUUGGGGAAUGAAGCGGUGCUCAGCGCAAUCACCACGUUUAGCAAUCCUACAUUACAAGUCCUCAAGGAUGCGCAGGCGGCAUUUGGACCCGACCAGCCUAUUUCUCUCCUCAUGAAUGUGGGAGCCGGUACUCCUGUACGAGGAUCGGAAGCAAAGUCGCCUUCAUCUAUCACUGCCCGCCAAGCACAAAUGACCGCAGAGGAGCUUCAGCGCAAAUAUUCCUCCUUAAACGUCUACUAUCGCCUAUGCGUAGACAGUAACUUUGAUAGCAUCGCUUCCGCCGACGAAAAUGCGUUCAGCGUUAUAGCCGCACAUACGGCGGGAUAUUUGGCUUCAUAUCUCGGUGAGAGCACCCUCGACGCCUGUCAAAAGGCAUCAGCUCGACAGAGUCUAGUGACUCUGAGGAAUAUGAAUGAAGCGUCUCCAAUCUCGCGCCCUUCUGCCAACGGCCUCCCUCCUCUAUCCCCUUACUACAUCAAUAGGCAGGAACCCAUGGCGAAAAUCAAUGAUGCCCUGUUGGGUGAUGAAUAUGGGCGCUCCUUGCGUCUCAUGGUCAUUACAGGAAUUGGAGGUUCAGGCAAAACACAAAUGGCCAUCUAUUUUGCCAAGACUAAUCAGGAUCGCUUCCAACACAUCUUCUUUAUCGACGCAUCCUCUGCAGAAAGUAUCUUCAACGGUUUGCUCAAACGGAUGAGAUCCAUAGAUUCGUCCUUUGAGGGAUCAUCCCUCGACGACAUAUUACAAGCGCUUGCCGAACCCAACGAGGUUCUUACGACGAGAUGGCUCCUCAUCUUCGACAACGUAGAUGACCCCAAUCUCGAUAUUUCAGAGUUUAUACCACUCUGCGAUCACGGUUCCGUCCUCAUCACCUCGCGCAACGCCCAAUUGGCCGCAUUGGAUCCAGAAAACCACCUCCCAGUCGACGUCAUGACGCCUGGCUCGCUCAAACUUCUGUAUCAUCAUCAGCCGACAUGUCCGCCCAGAAACGACAUUUCUUACCCAACUCGGAUAAGGCCAGGUCUAUAUUACAAGGAAAAGGCUAUACCGAUCCAACUGGACUCCCCGUCGGAGGUCACAAGCGGUGUUCCUGAUAUGGGCAUCGCUGCCGUGUCUCAGGACUCGGCUGUAGCAGUGGUCGAAAGGCAUCGGCGUCUUGCCUAUGAGAUCGUGAAGGAGCUCGAGUACCUGCCCGUUGCAGUCAUCCAGGCUGGCUGUUAUAUUCGAAAGCAACAGUCCCUAGAGACAUAUCUUCCCCGACUACAAGCCAAUCGAGACAGCCUUCUUCGCUAUCACACCAUCCAACGUGACAGGCUGAAGUACAAGCAUGGCGUAUACGCAGCAUUCGACACAACCUUAAAGGUCUUGUCAGAUCGAGCAAUCCGACUGCUCUCGAUUCUCUCUUUCUUCCACUACGCCGGCUUCCCUCGAUCAGUUUUCACCAUCGCUGCUACGAAAAACUUUGCCCAUGAGAGCUUCUUACUCUUCGAUCGCGGUGCGGAACACGGUGAAACUAUCAACCUCCUGAAAUCCAUCUUCUGCCCGAAUGGAGAUUGGGACGAAGUCGAAUUGGACAAGCUCCUCGACGAGCUCCAGCAAUACUCCCUCGUCACCCUUAUACCCUUUUAUUCCACAGUUACCCUUCGCUUUCACCCGCUACUUCAUGCCUGGGCCCAUGACAGACAAACGUCCAAGGAAAAGCUCGUGUACAGAGCGGCUGCCGUGAGGCUACUAGUCUGUGCCACAGACUACGAUGACGGAGACAUCUGGGAGCAGAUACUCCCACAUUUCGAUCGCAUCUUUCCGGUGUUUCACCAACUUCAUAUCAACGACCAAGCAGCUUUUCUCCGUGUUCUCGAAAACAAUGGUAGGGAGGAGGAGACACUCCCGAUCAUGCGCGAAAUUUACGAUAAAGUGGAGGGUAGAUAUGGGAAAGAGCAUGUACGGACGACAAACGCAAUGAUGGGUUUAGCGGCCGCGUACGAGGCUGCUGGCGACGAGGAAACGAUGGAGAAACUAGAGCGCCAGGUCUUGGACCUACGAAGAGCUCUUUGCGAGCCCGAAUCAGAGGAGAUCCUCGAGAUAUCCAUCAACCUCUCUCGUACUCUUAAAGACCUGCCGGAAGUACCUCCCGAAUGUGAGGAGCUGCUUCGCUUCGUCACUGAUACUAGGCUCAAAGUCUCCGGGGAACUUCAUCCCGAGACGGCCGAGGCAAUGAAUGUCUAUGGCCAAUUUCUUAUGCGGGCGGAACGAUACGAUGAAUGCGCGCCCAUGUUCGAAAGAGUCGUGUCUAUCCGGACGCAGCUAUUUGGUCGAACUCAUUGGCGAACGACGCAGGCACUCGAAGCGCUCGUCGAGUGCUAUCGGGAGCAACACGAUCCUCGAUGGGAGUCACUCCAACGCGAAAUUGUCAGUAGUCGCGAGUCGAUUUUUGGCAAGCUCCAUCCUAAUACGCUGCACGCCUUGAACUCGCAAGCGGAUGCAUAUUAUAAACAAGAAAGGUUCGCAGAAGCUGAGGACCUAUGGAAGCAGGAGAUUGCUGGGCGAAAGGCCAGUGGAGAGACAGACCUGUUUCUUCUCGGUGCUCUCGACCGACUGUGUCAAUGUCUUCUGGAUCAGAAAAAGGACGAAGAAUAUGAGGCCGGGCGCAGAGAGGAGAUUGCAGGAAGACGAGAGGUGCAGGGCAAUCAGAACAGUGACACCCUGGUCACGAUCGAAUCCCUCGCAAACUUUCUGUAUGAGAAGAAGCGAUACGACGAAGCGGAGGCCAUGUAUUUGGAGGUUCUAGAAGGCUACAAGAUCAUUUAUGGCGCUGGUCACGUCCACGUACUCACCGCUAUGGGUAACCUUGCUCGCUGCCGGAUGGGCCAAGAGCGGUUUGCGGAUGCUGAACCACUCUGCAUCGAGGAGCUUGAGAGCAGAAAGGCAUUGAGUACCGAGGUUACCACCGACCUACUCCUAGCGAUCUUUGACCUCGCGCGUUGCAAGUUUGAGCUCGAUAAUAUCAAAGCUGCACAAGAGCUUUGGGAAUCCGAGCUAGAAGGGAGGAAAAAAAUCCAUGGGGACCUACAUGCGGACACUCUCGACUCUAUAUAUUGGAUCGGUCGAUGCCUAUUCAAGCUUAAUCGGUAUGAGGAGGCGGAGAAGAACUUUAGAGCGGUACUUGCUGGGAGAAAGGAGUUGUUCGGAAUGCUAUACGAAGACACCACUAUAGCCCUCUACUGGGUCGCCAAGUGUCGUUCAGAGCUGAAAUUCCACAAAGAGGCGGAGGAUAUGUGGACUGAGGAGCUUAUUCUCGAGAGACAAAUCUUCCCCACCAUCAACGACAGCAUAGUGGUGACGAUGGAAGCAAUUGCGCAGAGUCUCAUGUUCCAAGAGCGCUACCAGGAGGCGAGCUCGCACUGGGAUGAAGUGCUAAAGGCAAGAAAAGCAUUGCAUCCCGGUCUCUCCAAAGAGGUGCUCAACGCGAUGUUCCGGAAGGCUCGAAGCCUCUUCGGAUUGGAGAAGUACGACGAAGCUCUGGAGCUCUGGAAGCAGGAGUUGGAGGAGAGAAGACGCUUGAAACCUACUCUCGAUUCUGACGCGUUGGACGCCAUGCAUUGGCUUCGUAAAUGCCAUCUCGAACUCGGAAACAUUCACGAGGCAGAGGCGUUGGUACAAGAGGAAUUACCAAAGAGGCGAGAGCUUCAUGGAAAUACCCACGCCGACACCAUCAGUGCUAUGAGUGGUCUGUCUGAAUGCCUUUGCAAGGUGGAUCGCCGUUCCGAAGCCGAGCCAUUGCUUCGGGAGGCACUCGAGCAAACCCGUCUACUUCGAGGCGGGGAUCACGAGGAUGUAUUUGAGCGCAUGCAAGAUCUCUCCAAAUACCUCUUCGACAGCGAGCGGCAUGCCGAAGCCGAGCAAAUUGGCCGAGAAAUAGUCUCGCUGGCGGAGAGACUCUUCGGCACAGAGGAUGAGAGAACGCUGCUUGCAGCUGGGGACGUCGGGCUCUAUCUUUAUUCGCAAGGGAAACACCGCGAAGAAGAGUCUUUCCGGCGUCAGGCCGUUCGAGGACUAGAAAAGAUUAGAAACAAUGGGCAUGAAGAGCUAUUUCUGAAUAGCCUCUUCAAUCUUGCGAUGUGUCUUUUUCUGCAGGACCGAUAUAUUGGGGCAGAGAGGCUAUGGGUCCGGGAAGUCCAAGGGAGAAGAAACCUUCACGGGGACCUCCAUGUCGACACGUUGGAUGCCCUUCACUGGUUCGCUCGAUGUCGUUUUGAGCGUGAUCGUUUCCGUGAUGCCACAUUCCUAUUCAAACUGGAACGGCUUGGUCGCAAACGGCUGAAUGGCGAUGACCACAUAGACAGCAUCGAAUGUCUAGAUUGGCUCGCGCUGAGUCACUUUAACCUAGACGAGUAUGCAUAUGCUCAGCGACUCUGGAAGAAGGUCCUCGCCUCACGGAGACGGCUGAGCGACGAUGUCAACGAGGACGUCCUCGACGCGUUGAGUUGGCAAGCCCGCUGCUUUGCCGAGAUGGAGGAAUAUGAACGGGCAGAGCUAAUCUAUCGAUGGAACGUGGCUGCUUGGAAGAGGAUUGGAAAGGAGCAAUCGGAGGAUGCCAUUUUCGACCUCCAGUGGCUUGGGCAGUGUCUGUUCAAGCAGGGCCAGUAUCGAGAAGCCGAGAUCGUCUGGAGACGCGAGCUCCUUGCUUGGAAGCACCUCGAGGGACGUCAGAGCGAGAAUGUCGCCUCUACGUACGAUCGUCUCGCCGACUGUCUCGAGGAGAGAAAGGAAAUCAAGGAAUCCUUGGAGUUUCGACGAAAGGCAAUAGCUAUGUGGCGACUCAUCGGAAAUAGGGCCGGCGUUCGAAAAGCGCGCCAGAGUCUCCGCGAGACGCUAUCUAGAUAA